GUCUCGAAAGUAGCUGUGGACCGGAUGUCUAUGUGUUCGCGGGUAGGUUUGGACCGACUGACAGGCUGAUAAUUCGGAGGUCAGGCGAUAACCUUGGGGACCCUGCUUGUUGACUCGUCCAUAGCUCCAAUGCCCGCGAGAUAACAGACCCCUAGCUAGACCCCUAGAUGUUUGCGGUAUUGUUUGUGUGGAAAACCAGUUGUGUUCCAGUCGUGUGUGUGGGAGGGGGGAAAUAACUUUGAGACGGAGCGUCACAGAUAUUGUAAGAACAAUCAAUAACAACCUGUAGCUAAAGUGUCCACGUGGGAGUCAAGUCAUCUUCGCUAGUGACGUUCACCGCCAGUCAUCACUACAUGCAUGCACAUUCUACCUCGCACGCAGUCCAUUGUGAAUACACAUGUUAACUUCCUAAUUGCAAAAUGUUAACGACUAAACUAAAAUAAGUAGUUUUGCUGUUGAUAACUCUGCUCUGUAACCCUCCACCAACCCCGUCACAUCCCAUGAGUGAAUGCACGAUGCUUCAGACAAAUGAGAGAAGAUUACACCGGUCAAAUUUGCAGUGACCGAAGCGUCAUUGUUACAGACAUCUUGCUAUCUGGGGUCGAGAGGUCAGAUUAGCUCCCCUCCCCGUUCCCCUCAGAGGAAACGAGACGACAGAUCACGCAUGGUUUCUUUCGCAUCAUAAAUCUGUGGUUGGAGGCGCUCGCCAAGUGACCUCGCGGUCACACCCGACUGUGAUCUACCUGCAGCACGGCAUCAGCGCUGGUGGCGAGGACGGCGCACAUCCUUGUGCGAGCGAGACGGCGGUUAUUGUGUUUUGUGUGUAUUGUAAACCACCCAACCGUAACGAAGCAUCUCGCGAGCAACUGUCACGUGCAAGGGGGUGUAAGCCGCGCUCAUUGUUCCUGACCUACCUUCGAGAGUUCCGGGUGCGGAGAGACCCCGUGUACGGGGCACACACCCUGACUACAGCGCUUUUUUAAAUUCUUGUGGCACCUGAACUGCCAAGCUCCAUGACCCGAUUUUUCCAGUUGAAAGCACGACCUCCCGACCAUGAGCAUCCAGAGGGCCCAGCGCAUUCACCGGACAUGUCGCUGAAGGAAGCCAAAGGGCGUAACAUUGCACUGGCAUCAAGCCAGCCUGUCUUGCGCAGUCAUUCCUUUGGGGGAAUGUCUGCAGGUUCGCAGACAGGGUCUUCCACACAGGUUCUGGGACAGUCGAUGAAGCGGAGCUCCCGCCCUCAUGCCCACAACCGCUACCACCAGAGUCCCCGCACUUCUCACUCUUUCCAUGGCUUGCGAAAGUCACCAAAAAUACCCAAGAAGCCACGGCCAACCCGUGCCCUUCUUAUGUUCCACAGCAUUAAGAAUGGAAUCAGAGAACAUAUUCAUGUCACACAAGAUGACAUUCGGCAGCUGCAGGCAUGUGACAGUGCUACUUCCACAGCACAGGGAAAGGUUCAUGAAACUGACAAGCAAAUCAAAUCAGCAGAGCGUUACCUGAAGAAGCUUGAGUUUCACCUGGCAAAGAUUGAUGAGCUUCAUGAGUGUUAUUUGAUACACCAGAAAUUAUUGGAAGGUGCACGUGCUAUGGCACGAGCAUAUGCAAUAAACCCAGGCAACCGCAAAGACUCUCUGACCAACGUCAAGUAUGGUUAUGAAGAAUGUUCACAGACAUUGUGUGCAAUUGAAGCUCAGCUUGAGAACAUGUGUGGGACAUUUCACUGCAAGCUUAAAGGUAUGGCUGGCUUUGCACGACUGUGUCCAGGAGAUGUUUUUGAAGUAUCUAUCCGACAUGGACCACAAAAAUGGAAAUCCAAGGGACGGAUUGAGAAGAACAACACGCAGCGCUGGGAUGUUCCUGAGUUCACCUUCAAGUCUCUUGUUGGAGAGAUUCUUAUUAUCAAGGCACAAGAGGUACGAAGCUUCAAGAGUGUCUUGCUUGGACAAAAGAACUGUGAGGUCAAGGAUCUUUUCUCUGCCAAUCCUCAGCUCAUGACUAUCAGCAUCAACUUCAAUGGCUCCCUCAAGUUGAGCAUUGUGAUUACUUGGAAUCCCCUAGAGAGUAUAGAUGAAUCUGUUACUUACUUUCAACCCCCAGCUCGACCCCAGGCUCCACGCAGACGACCAGUCUCAGUGUUGGCUCUUAAUGGACAUUUAUCUGGAAGUUACAGUGAUUUGCAAGGGCCAGAAAGGCGAUACUCUAGUCCUUUGCAUGUUCAUCCUCAGCAUAGCAUGGUGGCACGAGAUGACUCUUUUACCUAUAGUGGGUCUUCUUUCUCACUGCUUGGCUCAUCACCACAGUUCCACCAGUUCCACAGUGCCCAUGCCUCCCCAGCCAUGGGCAUGCGCUCUGCAGGAGACCAGAAAAUCCCAGGCUCUGAAGUGCACCUACCUUUUUGGCGACCUUUGUCACAGGGUUCCUUCCCACCCCAGAAUGUCGCCAGCAGCCUCAGUCUGCAGCAAGCAGGUCUUGCAUCAUCAUCAUCAUCAUCUACAUCUCAACAGUUGCCAGGAGUGCUGAUGCAGAAUUAUACAUUGUGGCGAGAGGAGGCAGGCAGUGUGGAGGAAGCACUUUUCAGUCUCAGCACAUCACUAGAAGAUUUUCGUGGCCAGUACAAUGAACUGCAAACCCUUGAGGAAGUUGUCAUUGCUCUCGAAGCUUUUGUCAGGAAACAGUCUCGUGGAUCUCGUUGUAGCUCUAGAUCAUCAAGUAUCAGUGUUUCAAUAGAGAGUGCUCUUGAGGCUUUUGAUUUUUUAAACACUGAAGAGUCUCCCGAUGAAAUGGAUCCCUCCCCUGUAACCAGUCGGAAGACCAGUCUAGAACACCUGUUGUCAAGUCCAGAAUCAACAGCCAAGACAGGUGACUCUGGCAUUGAAUCAUUGGCCCAGAGAUUGAGUGAAGAUACACAGCUGGGCUCCAGUCUUGGUUCCAGUCCUAUUCCACCUUCUACAGGCAACGAACAGGUGGACACAGCUCUUCUUUUCCAUCUGGCUUACUGUGACUGGCUUUUGGAGAGCUUAGGAAAUUAUGGGCCAUUAAAGUGUCGUGAGUUUUAUGCACUGGAAAAACUGCAGCGCCAGGGCUUUAUCCUUCAGCGUCUCUUAGAAAUUGCUAAGGCAGGAGCUGACAUUAAUCUGCAUGGAGUCUUAACUGAGCUGACAGAAGACAAGGCUAUACGAGAAUUCUGGGUCACAAGUGUGGAGCAUAGUCUGCUGUCAGUCCAUCCAGAGCGCCUGCUGAUUGGCAUGGAACAGAAGUUUGGCUCGCGCAUUACAGACCGCUUUCAGGUCUUACCUAAAAGAGUGUUUCGAUGCAUUCUGGCCAAGAUCUUAGACAUUGCUGACUAUGUACCAGAGAAGAUAAAGUCAUCUGCAGUUGUUACUCUCCAUCAGUUAGUGUCCUACUUUAAAGCUGAAGGUGGUCUUCAGAAAAUUGAGCAAAUGGCAGAAGAACUCCAGCUGUGUGACCAGCUCAUGUCCGGAAACACAGACCGUGCUAUUAAAGCCAUUUUGACUUUACGGGAUGAACUGCCUGCCCCUACCCCAUUGAAGGUCAUUGGCAUGCUUUUGCACAGUCCUGUACGAGAGAUCCAGCAAUCAGCAGCUGCCUAUCUGAAAGUCAUUAGUCGCAACAAAGUGACCAGGGACAAGGCAAUGGUAGUUCUUGUGGAGGGUCUGGAGGAUCAUCUGCCAGAUGUUCGGGGCGGAGCCUGUACCGCUCUCUCUGUCUUGGAGGCAUUGGAGAGUCUGGAUCAGCUGGUUUAUAUAUGUCAGUCUGACUCGUCCUCCACUGUCAGGCGUCGUGCCAAAGAAGCCCUCUUUUCUCUUGGACCUGAGGGUAGGACAGCAUUUGAACAAGCCCAGCUAGGAGCACAUGGUUUUCAAGGCAUGCAGAUAAAAAAAUAAAAGCCUCUGUAGAACAGUGGAAAUCUAAAGCAGAAGGAUUAUUCCUGUGUGAACAUCGUGUGUGACCCAUUCAUCUAUCAUACCAGUGGUGGUGUUAGACAUGGGAGAGGUCUAAUCUUUCAUGCUUCAAACUUCAUUUGGCUCAUUGCCUUUAUGCUACACUUCUGGAUGACAACACUAGUUUGAAUUUUCCUGAAACAGGAGCAAGGAAGCUGCACUUCAGAAGCAUUCUUGUGCAGCUGAAACCCUUUCAAGCAGUGCGCAAUGAUGCACCAUAGAUGCCAAAACAUGGAUUAAUUCUGAAUGUAUGAUGGUAACAGCAGGCCAUUCCUGUGUAACCCUGCAUGCAAUGUCACGCUAGUCUUUGUGUCCUUCACCUAGUCAUGAUUGUGAAGGGUCAGAAAUUUUACCAGCUACUUUUUAUUGUGUGAUUGCAAAAGUAAAGUGCUAGCUAUUAUCAGUUGGGUAAUCUGCUGUGAAAAAUAAAACACUACAGAGAAUUCAGCCAAAAUCCUUUGGAGAGCUGAUAAAAAUCAAAAUUGUGUGGAUGGAGUUGCAUCUCUUACCAGCUACUAUUGUCAGCACUUGCUUGUCCAGAAGUAUCAGUGGCUUUUAUAAAAGGAUACAGCUAUUGGGAAAAAAGCUAUAUCAACCAUGUCUAAGACAUCAGCGGUGGGUGCAAUAGAGAGCAAUAUCAAAAAGAUAAAAAAAAGAAAAUUUUAAAAAUAUGUAACUCAAGAAAGAAGUUGUGGAAAAUCAGGGCCUAUGACUCAUCUGUUGUGUGGCUUAACAAAAGAAUAACAGUGUGCAGUAUCGUGUUGUUAUAAAUUUAUAUUGAUGACUUUUACAAUUGGCAGUACUCCUGAUCAGUUUAGACAAUGGCUAUGUGACCUCCUUGAACUAAGAGGCGGGGCCACAUCAGUGUUGUGUGUUCUUGAUAUUUGGCAAUGACUACUAACCACAAUGCUGCUUGUACAUACUGGCUGUGUGUCAAUAGUUUGCUUCUGCCAGCAUACUUAUGCAAGACUGACAAACAUAAUGAACAACAUGGUGGCAUACUGCAUGUCUGUCUCCAGCAGCUCAGCAUUGUGAACGGUGGCUGUUGGGUUAAAUAUGAUAUUAAUUAAAUUUAUGCUAGACAAUCUUUGUGAGACUAGAUCUUUGAAAAAAAUGUUGUGUUUAUAGCUACCUGUAGGGGGUGGUCUGGAUAUUAUUAACUAUUUUAUUUCAUGUUGUAAGCUCCUUAGUGUUUUGUGUUACCGAGCCUGCUGUGAACAGAACAAGACAUUAUUUUUAAUGCCACCUUGAGGUUGUUUCCCUAAACACUAAGGCAAUUGUCAUUGUAAACUGGUUUGGUUUUUUUUUUUUAAUCAUAGUCUGUUACAUGGAAACUAAGCAUUAAAUUCUUGACUCUUUUGGGUCUUUGGUAGGAUGCAUGCCCUGAACAUUCUGUCAAAUAAAUGGAUGUGAUCAUAGUUGUAUACAUUAGUAUGCACAUUAACAAAAAAUUUAAAUUUUUCAGCAGAAAUUAGUAUGUGUAUGUCAUGUCCACUCUAUAGCAUGCAGUCUAUCUUGUGUUUAUUUCUUUUCAUCAGAGUGUACUGAUCUUAGUAAUAAAUAAUAGUAACAAAAUACAAAAAGCAAAUGUUUCAUUUGUGCUUCAUAUAAUAUGAAGCUGUGAAAUAAGUCAAGAUAUUAAAAUAAUUCCCUCAGCAAUUUGGUCAUUUGUAAAGAGGAAGAAAAGAAAGACUGAAAUUUCACUGUUAUUUAGGCUGUGGAUUUUCAUCUCGCUUUCAUCCUUUGUCAUUCUGUAAGGGCUAGGUCAUACCAGACUUUUUCAACUUAAGUUGUUUUAAGUAUCUUCUAUUGAGAGUGUGUGAGAUUGGGAUAGGAUUUUAUGUUAAAAUAAGUACCUAGCCUUUUGUGUGCCUGAAUGAAAUGACACCAUCAUGUCUUAUUAUGUCUGCAGCUGUUUACCCAUGCUACAAAUACCUCAGAAAUCCAUAUCUCUGUAACUUGUAUGCAUGAUAGCUAAUGAAAUUUUACAUUUUGUGAACAUGUUCCCAUUUUGUUUUGAGCAUUAACACUUGUAGAUACUUGCACUUUUCUUUAUCUCUAUAUACGUGUUCCAUUUUUGUAUUUCUUUAUUAUUAUUGCCAAGGUGUUCACAGCAUUUGCAGUUGUACAGUUUAUGGGCCAUAGAACCCAGUCUUUCAUCUGUUAUUAGCAUGUUCAUUCUGUUACUAAUUGCAGAUAUUUUACACAUUUCAUUAAUCAUGUAUAAUAUAAAUCUUUGCUCCUUAUGUGUUAUCUUGUACAUGUAGAGCUCUCUUAAUUAGACAUUUUCUUCUUAAUGUUUUUGAUUCCAUCCAAUGUAACAGUUUGUUCUUGUUAAAUGGGUCAUAGAGCAAAUAGUGCCUACUAAACCUUGAUAUUUUUCUGUCAGACUCCAAAGUUGUGAUGUGUACAAGGUGGCAGGCAAGUAGUUCUUUGCAAGUGCAUGUAGUUUUGUCAUAAUUCAACAUUUGCUGCACACAAAAGGGAAAGUGAACAGCAUUUGUAGGCAAGAGAUUCCACACUUUCUGACACAUGCUUGACAUAGGAGCAAAAAUGUUGAAUUUGAAGCUGUUGUGCACUGGUAAACUAUCUCUGUUCACCUAUUGAGGAAUAGGCACUGGAUUUAUAAAAAAUAAUAAAGAUUUUUAUGUUUUUAUGUUUAUCAGAAGAAAAGAAGUGCCAUUGAAAAGAAAAUCUUAUACUCUGCCUUCUAUUCGGUCAUAAGACUUUGUCAUUUACCUGAAAAUUACUGGUAAGCUUUAUGAUGUGUGCAGUUUGGUGUAAGGGCAAUGUUGACUUCCAAGUUAUAUUCCAAUAUUAAAUGUAAACAAAAUAGUGUUCAUAUAAGUGGGAAAAAUAAAUGACACAAUAUGUCGGUCAGCAUGACAACUCCACACCAUCAAUAUUAAAUACUACAUGUACAUCUACAAAAAAAAACAAAUGGCUGUAAGUAAAUUAUUUGUCAAAGCUCUUCCUUUCACUUCUACCCUUUCACACCCUUAAAAAUAUCUGCUUUCUUAGAGGUAAACAUUGCAUAUUCAUAACUCACACAGUAAAAGUCUGCAGUUCUUUAUGGGACUGUUUGAUGAAAAAUUUUCAUAUACUGAGAAGAGUUAAUUGUAUAAUAUUUUGCAGAUUUACUUGUCAUUUGGGUCUUGUCUUGUAAGCAGAAUAGUAUUAGACAUUUGGAUUUGGGUUAUUAUUGUCUAAUAUAAAUUACAGAUAGAUCCUAUUUUUAUUCAAUAGCACAUAUCAACCAGCCCAAAUAUAAAUAGUUGUGAAACUAGCAUGAGAAAAUUGUUGUCUUGUAGUAGUUUUACAUAAAGUUUGAACUUUAGAAAUAUGGCUAUUGACAGCAAUUUUUACUUGGUCACCAUUAAAAAUGUGACUGCAAACAGUAAUUCACAUUGCAGAUGUAAACCUUGAUGAUACUUUGUUUUCAGUUUUUGAUGACCAACCGUUAUUUUUUAAGAGCAACCAAAAUCCCUGGUAGUUUCAGAUGUAUGCAAAGUCAGUAAAUUCCUUGACACUUGUAACAUCUCUUACCAUUAAUGGUCUUGUCUUAUUUGUAAAAUCUCUCACUAUCCUUGUUCCUCUUAUUUUUCACAAAAGUCUGCCUGAACAGAUGCUAAUGGGUAAACAUGAUCAUGACCUUGUGGAAGGCGUUAUUUUCUUGCCUGAACUCAUUAUCUAGUCCAGUAUUGUUAUCACUUUAUGAUGUUGCUAAUCAUUUAGCUAUAAAAAUAUUGACAGCAGACAGUACGAGUAAAGAACCUAAGAGAAGCAGUCUUGCAAUUUUUAUCACCAGUUGUUCCAAAAAGUCAUUCACACGCUAGAAAGCUCACAUUACCUUCCUAUGUCAGACCAAGUAGAGAAGGGGAAAAUGUGUUUAUAUUUUUUCUGACUGUGUUAAAGCAGACAUCUUUGUAUUGUUUUGUGUACUGUACAUGAGAAAUUACGUUUUACUCAAAGCAGAACUGCAAUCAAGUGACUACAUAAUCUUGUAGUGUUGCCUGUAAGUAUCUUUUGUCCCCAGUGUCCAAACAUUCCUUUACAUUCCUUAUUCUUAGAAAUUCUUAAAAAAAUGGUUAACUUACAUUUGCUUAGACUUUCAAAAUUAUGUGCAUAGAUUUCCUAGGAGAAAAGUUGCCUGUGAUCUGCUUUUUAUAAUUUCACAUAUGAUGAAAGAAGCUUUGAAAUGAAGUUUCUUGCCUAUUGUGAUAAAAAAAAAUAUGUCACUAAAAAUAUAAAAUAUACCAUGCUUUAUGUCACAUCUUGAUUAGGCUCAUUGUAAUGAAUGUCAUCAGUUUGUAUUGCGUCAAAAUCAGCACUAAGUUCUUUGUUUAUACCAUAGUUUUAAGGGCAAAAAAUGGAAAGCACGGACUUGGCCACUUUGUUCUGUUCUCUGAUUUCUUCCAUGACAACGUGUGGCCAGGGUGCUAUUGUCUUAUCACCCUUCCACAUAGUGAGCGAGCAAGUGAUAUUCUUUGAAAAAUUUGUGUUUGAAAUAGGUAUAUGUGUUUUAUGGGCUUUUAUAAAGCUGCAUGUGAUGCAAAAUGCACGGGUAUGCUAUGUUCAGAUAUUAGCAAGGGCUGUCAGAGAACAGAAAAUCAGAAAAAUAACAAGAUAGUUCAGAAAUCUGCUUCUGUUUGGUUACGUGCAAUAUCAUAUUUAGGGUUUGUUCACCCAUCCCUUCCUUUACAGCAUUUUGAUAGGCUUUCAGGGGAUUCUUUUUUUAAAGCACAUCCAAGUGAUGUAUAAUUAGGACCUGUGUUUUGUCAUGCUAGUCCUGAUGUGUUCACAAUGCUGGGUGUUUGCCUUUUAUUUUUAACAUUUGUUGGUGAAUCUACACAAGUUUUUCUUUCCAACUUUUGCCCACUUAAGUAGUGCAUACAGCACAAAAUGUGUUUCUGCAUUUGGAAGAAAAACCUGGUGGGUGACACUACUAUGUUAGCAUUCAUUUUCACAUAGUGAUACUACUAUGUUAGCGCUCAUUUUCAUAUAGUGUCAUUUUGUAACCACAUUUCUUUCUGUUUCAGAUAUAAAAAUCUUAACUGUCUCUUUCUUACAUUUCCACAACAUACAUAUUUUAAAAUUUAUUUUGCUGAUAUUAAAUAGCUAUCAUUUGGUAACUUAGUUCUACUAAGUCAUUUGUAAAGUAUCAUAUAUUCAUCAAAAAUGUUCAUUCUCUGUAAGUGCAAGUGUCUCUGCAUACUUGUCUCACAGCUGCUGCUUUGCAUUCCAUAAUAUUCUGACCUAUAUUAAUUACUUUCCAAUUGUAAAUUGUAAUGAUGGCAUGAAAUGUAUUUGUAAUGCAUGUGCAAAUUCAAUUUUAAUUCAAUCAGUUCAGCUUUGCAGAAUUAUAAAGACUUAUGUUUGUGUGAUGGCAUUUCCUUCUUGUUUCAUGUCAUCAGACUUUUCCCAACACUGGUGUUACACCAGUUGUCACUGCCACAAUCUGUCUGUCACCAUUCAUUGUUUCAACAGUGUGUUAGUUGUGAGAGUAUUGCCUGUUGUACACGUCAUAUAUUGAUAAGUAAACUGAUCCUUUAAUUUGUUGUAAUUUACUUGUGCAUGUCACUGGUAAGGUGCAGGAAAAACCUGCAUGCAUGUACAAACAAAUGUGUUUUGUAGCAUAAAUGAGAAACCUUUUUAAAAAUAACGCUUAAAUUUCUUGCAGAAUGUUCUGGCAAACAUGAAAGUUUUCUGUCACCCUUUUGAAAUAACUGACAGUUGUACUGUUAGGACUUAUUUACAUAUGAUCUAUUUAUCUUGCAAGUCUUGAUUAAGGUAAAUAUCAGAUCCAUAACACAUUACUUGCCUAUUCAGUUAAAUUAACCUCCUGUGGGAUCUUGUGACUAGUGUAACAAAUCACAGAUCUCUUGUGGGGUGCCAAUAAAUCUUAGGGCCAUGUUCUGGACAGGUUUAGUGCUUGUUCCAGUGACAGUUUUGUUAUUUCCUGAAUUAAUAUAUUUCACUUCACAUUGUUUUUCUUGAUACUCAGUCUGGCCAUAAAAUUGAUGAAGGUUUGGUUUUUAAAA